CGUGUGUAUAUGCAUAUGUGCAUUACAUGGGACAUAUACAACAAUGACAAAUUGUUGUUGCUGGAUAUAUUUGCAGCAAAGCGUCACACUAAUAUAGUAUACGCCGACGCAGAAUGAGAACAUUUAAGUUUCCUUCUGAUGGGACCACAAUGGAACAUUACAAUGAAUCAUCCGUGAAUUUGUUGUCUGUGAAAAAGAUUAACGGAAACCAUCCACCUUUAAACAAUAAUCUAGAUAAGGACAUUGAAAAGUCCUCAGAAAACAACAAUGUGUUGUCUGUCAACAAACUGUACGAACUGGAAUCGUUUACCCCCGAAGACCUUAGUGAAAAUUCUGACUUAUCAAAUCUACGUUGUAAAAGAUGGUUUUAUUUGUGUGCGGGAGUUGUGAUAAUGUUUAUGAUAGUGCUGAUAGUGGGAAUUAUCGUGUUUAUUAAAUUAUCAGCCCCAGAUAGCCAUAAACUCAUGAACAGAACAACAACAGAGGUUCCCCCAUACACAUCAUCAGCAUCGACAGUUCCAUCCUCCACCACAGAGCUUUCAAGUUCCAGUUCCUCUUCAUCAUCACCAACAUGGUCCACUACAUCAGUAUCAACAGAUACUUCUUCAGUCACUUCAUCAAGUACAUUACCAUCUUCUCUAUCAUCCACCAGUACAUCUUCAGUUUUGACCACCACUUCAUCUGUCUCUUCGUCUAGUAUUACAAUCAACACUACUGAGUCUCUCACCACUUUUUCUACAAGUCCCAUUUCAGUGUGUGAACAUAGUGAGUUCCGCUGUGCUGAUGGGUCAUGUAUCCGGGCCCAGUACGUCUGUGAUGGGCGACCCCAUUGUCCUGGUGCUGACGAUGAAUACAAAAACUGCAAGUGUUCUGCAGACCAGUUCCAAUGUGCCAGUGGCCAGUGCAUCAGUUCCAACUUUCGCUGUGAUAAGGUGGCUCAAUGUGAUGAUCUCUCUGAUGAAAUCAACUGCACAAAUUGUUCAGGUUUCCAGUGCAACUCCGGCCUCUGUCUGUGGACCACGUCUGUUCAAUGCAACAACCACAUUGACUGCCUCGACCUUUCAGAUGAGCUCAAUUGUAUGUUGAGACCAGGCUAUCUGCGAUGUGCGAACAAUCUUACGGUGCCACGGGACAGUUUCUGCAACCAUAGAGAUGAUUGCUUUGAUAACAGUGAUGAGACAGACCCAGAUUGCAAAUACGAAGAGUGUGGCAUACAUGAGAUUAUGUGUGAUGACGAGCUCUCUUGUUACCUGCGUGAUUGGAAAUGUGACGGAUACACAGACUGUCAUGACCAGUCAGAUGAGAAAUACUGUGGUAUAUGCAAGUCUGGUGAAUUCAAGUGCUCCAACCAUAAAUGCAUUCCAGCCAAUCAAGUUUGUGAUGGUAUUGAACAGUGCUCCAUGGGUACAGAUGAGAUGCGGUGUUUGCAUUUGUCAUCUGACCUAUCUGGCACACUUGCUGUGACCUCAGGUGACCUUCAACUUCCUGUUUGCAGUGACACCUGGUCUGAAACCAUGGCGACAGAAGUCUGCUCUCAACUAGGACUUGGCCCCAGCAGUGGUAGCAGCUCCAUCUCACCAGUCACAGCAGGGGUGUCUACCAAUCAGGGCUUCAUGGUGGCCAGUCCAGACCCCAGAACUCUUAACCACAAUCAGACCGUGCUUAGUAGGCUAGACAAGGCAGUUGCCUGUCCUUCAAAUAAAGUUGUCCAGAUGGGAUGUCAACAGAAAGGUUGUGGUGAAAGACAAAUUGAUGUUCUUACGCCCUUCAUUGUUGGUGGAACUCUGGCUCCCCAAGGGAAGUGGCCCUGGAUUGUCUCCCUUAUCAUGAAGGGAACCAAUAUAUGUGGAGGAGUCCUCAUAGGGGACAAAUGGGCCCUCACUGCUGCACAUUGUAUUGUUCACCAGGAUGCCAACUACACCCUGAUGCCGCACGUGUUCGAGGUCCUGGCAGGCACCACAUCCAGGGAGCGCCUGUCUAAGCAGCCUUUCCAACGGGUCCGCGUGGAGAAGAUCUACCUCAAUCCCAGCAUGCGGCGACUGGAGAACGGUCAGAUUGACUGGGAUAUGGCCCUCCUCAAACUGUCUUCUGCUGUGAAGUUUGGGGACUUUGUUCAGCCCAUUUGUCUACCAGAAAUCAGUGCUCCUGUGCCCACCAAUCUCCAGUGCUUUCUUGCAGGAUGGGGCUAUAUCAAUACAAAAUCUGUCAUGGUAACUGACCUGCGUGAGGCCAAGAUGCGGCUGUACAACGAUGACUUCUGCUCUAAGAACAUCAACCAACAAAGUCUUGAGACACAUGUGAACACCAACUCCACACUGUGCUCGGGCUACACUCACGGUCAGAUCUCAGGUUGCCAGGGUGACAGUGGGAGUCCAUUGAUGUGCCAGGAUUCAACAGGCCACUGGACAGUGCAAGGUCUCAUGAGCUACGGAGUGGACGGCUGUGAUGGCCAGUUUAAGAGUAUUGUAAACAGAUUUGCCAAAGUAUCAACAUCUGUGAACUGGAUACAGAGUAUUAUAAGUAUUAAUCUCUUUGUAACAUAGUUCCACUACCUGAGAUACAUUUAUACAGUGAUAGCACACGAUAAAAUCUGCUUAUAACAUAGUUUCACUACCUAUGAUGCAGUUAUAGAAUGACAGCACAAGGUAAAAUCUCCUUAUUACAAAGUUCCACGACUGGAAACAUGCUUUCACUGCAUUUGAUGUGUGGCAUAACAUAAUUAUGCCUCAUGUUUGCAUUUAAAGUUUUGUGAGUAUAACAACUGGAAAGUUUGGAGUAACCUUGCCUAUAGUUUCACUAUCUAUGUGAAUUGAUGCUGGAACUCAGUUUGGCAAUGUUGGAUCUGUAUGGAGUGAACAUCUGUGUUACACAGUUCUAUUUCCUGUUUGCAUUUGACAGUAUUUAAUUCCAUAAAUGGGAAAUUGCAUGCAACAUUUUUCAGUUCAUGUGUUCAUGUCAGAAAUUGGUGUCACAUGUAACAUGUGGAAAUCUCAUUACUUCAUUUACCUAACUGCUGGUUACCAUUUGCUAGAUAAUGUAAGCAAGGACCAGUAUUGUUUUGUAAGUGUGAUGUAUGAAGGGACCAGCUAUUUUACGACAUUUGAUGACAGCAUAUCAUGAUAUACCGGUAUAUUAUUUAAACAAUUAUUUAUUGACCAGUCUAAGUAUUCCUUUUGUAUCAUUAUUACCUUUUGUUGAAUAUUCAUUCAUCAAGCAUGUUAAAUAUUCAUGUACAAAAAGGAAAGAGUAAUAUUUGAAGUCAUUAUACAUUCAUUUUUUGUGUCAGUUGUGUUGUGUACUUGUUUCUUAAAACUCAAUUUUCAGGAAUAUGUGUUUAGUGAAAAAUAUAAUCACAUAUAAUACUAUAAAAAACGCUUCAUCGUUAUAAAUAUAUUUUUGUUGAAAACAAAAUAAAUUAUAAUGUUUUAAAAUAGUUCAUUAAAACAUAUUAUUUUUAUAAGCAAGUGUGUUCCUCACCAUAUAUUUGUAUAAUGUUAUUAUUGCUUUAUUUGUCUGCCAAUCAUAUAGACAAAAUGUGUGCAAAUCCAUUUAAUGGAUGAAAAUUAAUCAGUCAUCAUUAUAAUACAGGCUAUAAAAUACCAAUUUAUAUGAUUUUUUGUGCAUUAAGUGGACCAAAAUAUUAGUCUAUCUAGACUUUGCAAUUCAUAAACUUACAUUAAAAUGCAUUUUUCGUGAUGUAUAGUAUAUAUAUAUAUAUAUGCAAGUUAACCUGACUUGGGUGUUUAGAAAUAUUGGUCAUAGUCUUGGUUGUGACUAGUGUGAUACGUUGCUUUUCUUAGAAAGAACAAGAACAAUUAGUUAAAGUGUGAUUGUUUUUUGUAGUUACACAGUAUGUACUUGUCAGGGAAUGAAUAAACCCACAUUCCAGUUCUGGGGUUAAGCCUUUGUUCCUGUUUUAGGCUUAAGUUUUACAUAUCUUAUGUUACCGGUAAAGUUUUACAGCAAAGUUAUAAAUAUGUCUAUUGUUUUGUUUUUAAACAAGCUAUUUGAAUUGGGGUAUUAAAUGCUGGUAUGCCUUCUGAAUAAGUUUCAACAUUGAAAACAAUUUAUACAAUGCUGCACAUAUGGCUUGUUAACUUAAAUGACUGUCUCUCAUUGUUAUAGUAAACAUUCAAGUGAUUGGGUUGUGUUUUCCAAUCCUUUUGUUUUACAAUUUUGCUUUUCCUUACAUUGCCUUAGAUGGAAAUAUUACAAGAUAGUUGUCUAUAUAUAAUCAUUACAUUACUUAAUUAUUUCUUUAAAGUUGACCUGAGCAUGAAGGUACAUAUUUAAUUUUAGAAAACCCAUAUUACCACUCUAGAAACCACCAUUAUAGACUUAAACUUGAUUAAACCUGACUAUUUGAAUCUGGUCCAUUUGGGGUUAUUAACCAAUGGGUGUUUCUUGAACUUGGGUGAGCGCUUCAUCUGAGUGCCAUCACAAUAAUUGUUGUAUUGUUAUUCAAAUGCCUUUGAACAUUAACAAUGUCUUACAUGUUAUGCAAUUAUUAUUAAAUAUUUAUGUCAAUUACUAUGUAUUAUAUUGACUUUCUUUGUUAGUAAUAUUGUUUGUUCAUUAUCUAAACAGGUAAUGUUUAGUUUUUUAGUUGUUGUUUUUUUCUGAGAGAUAAUGUUAAGUGGUGUUUGUGCUAAGUCACUGUAAAUCUAUCUUUAAACAGGAAUGUUUUAACAAUUUUUUUUAAGAAAACUGCAUAAAUGGUACAAACAUAAUUACUAUUAUCUCCAAUUGACAUGGCAUGUACAACUUUAUUGAUGAUUACCAUUCUUAUAGUAAAAACAAUAAUGUUUUAUGCUUGAUUUGGAAUUACAUGUAGUUAGACUAAUAAGAUACAAAAGCUGUGUUCAAUUAUAUUUGUGUUUGAGUAAUAUACCAUUUAAUAUAAUAAAUGAUUUGUGUUUGUAUAACAAUUUUUUUUAUAUUACCUUAUCUGCUAUUUUUUUAUUAACAGACAAUCGAUAUUGACACAAGUAAUCAUUUUUAUAAUAGACUUUGACAUUUUAAGCAAUAGACUUUGACAUUUUAAGCCGAGGUUGUUCUGGUUUUAUUAGAAAUGUAUGCAUAUGAGAUGUGUGCUGUGCAAUAUCAUAUAUUUAAUAUAUUUUAACCAUGCUCUAGAAAAUCCUUGUUUCAUGCAUGUGCAUUAAGUCUCAUUCCAGAUUAGCCUGUGCAGUCUGCACAUGCUAAUCAGGGUGACACUUUCUGCAUAAAUUUUCGUUACUUUACUUCAUUGAAACUAAAUAUUCCAUUAAGGAGGUGUUGUCCCUGAGCAAAUUCGAAUCUGGAAAAACACUAUGCACAUGCAUUUAGGCACGUUUUACAGAGCGAGGCUAUAUCAGUUAUAGUGAUGAUGCUGAGGAGGAUAAACAUCUCUUACUAUCUUUUUUUUCAUCAAACCCUAGAGAGCUGUUGGAAUAUAUUGAACAUUUUAACAAUGUGGUGUGUGAUAAAAAAUUUUUACGACCGACUUUAUAUUUUUAUAUAAUUUGUGUUAUAUUGUAUUUGUGUGUAUGCAUUUUUUGUUUGUUCCACCAAAAUAUUGUGUUUUUUCUUCCAAUGGCACAUGUAUUUGUUUUUCUGACAUACAUUUUUUAGUUUAGUUGUGAAGUGUCAUGUUUGUACAUAAUUGUACAUACACACAUACGUCCCAGGUUGUGCUUCUAAAUUUUUGUCAAUGAUUCAUGAGUAAACAAUUGCUUAUUGUUGUCAUUUAUAAGGUUUUGUACUAUUCUCUAGUAAAAUAAAUUCAGAGUUUGUUUCUGAGGAAUGUUUACCGUUUUUUAUGUAAGAAAUAAUCAUGUUUUAAACAAAAUUAUGUGAAGUUAAGCUGCUUAGGUAUUGAACAGUAAAGGCUUUUGACUGAGUGGUUAAAUUAUCUCUUAUCUGAGUGGAGGAGUUUAUUUCUGUAAUAUACAUAUGUUUUAAAGCCUACUUUAAUGCUCUUUUUAUAAAGAUAGUAAUGUAUGAUGAAGAUUUUUUACUAUUUAACAACAAAAUGUUAAUGGAUUAUACAGAGUUGAGAUGCAUCUAUUUUCAAUAAGUUCUUUUGUUAUAUAUUUAAUGAAUUCUAUUUGUGUAUAUCAUUCUCAUAAAUAAACAUUAUAAAUAUGUGCCAUUAAUAAUUUAUAUGAUUUUAUACUUUUUGAUAAUAUUUAUACUUGUAAAAGUGAAAACAAAAUGUGGAAGUUUAAAUUGUUUGUGUUAUUUUUUUUACAUAUUUGACAAGCAAUACUGAAUUUGUAAAUGUCUUUUACCAAAAUGAGGCAAAUCUAAAGAUAAAACUUAGACUGUUAAUAUCAGUCUCAAAAAUAACAUUAUUCAUGAAAGGUAUUGAUAUGUGAAAUAAGCAACCUUAGCUUAUACAAUUUUAAUGCAAAAAUAUUUUUAUUUACACGCUCAAAACGAAACCAGUAUAUUGUUGUGCACUAAGUUUUCAUAUAAGCACUGACAUGCCUGUCGAUAAAUUAAGUGUGUACAUAAGUAUGAAGACGAUAGGAAAGAGUUUAUACAAGACAGACUCUCUUAAAUUAUGGUGAAAAAUUUGCAUUUCCCACAACAAGUCUCUUCCAAAAAGAGCAUAGACAUGCCAGUCAAUCUAAGAACCUCUUUAUUUAGAAAAUGUUGGCUUCUUUAUUUUGUUUUCUGCAUUAAACAGCUGUUGUAUUGGGGUCACAUAUUCCAAAAUUGAUUAAAAAGUAAAGUUUGAGACAUUUUACAAUAAAACUGUCUAAUUAGCUUAGUCAAAUAAAAUGUAUGUUUUA